ACAAAACACCACUGCAGACCCCGUUAUCUCUAUCUUCUCCGCGCGACCAGAACGAAGUUCCGCCGAACAAAUCUCGUAACCCUAUUUUUGUCCUUAUCCCAUUCUUCUUCAAUCGCCACUCUCCGCAAAGAAAGUUGGGCGCUUUGCUCUCUGGAGCCAAGAGAUUCGAAGUGACGAUGGAAAGUGAGUUGAUUGCAUUGUUCGAGGCGGCGAAGAAGGCGGCAGAUGCGGUGGCUGUCGACGGUGUUACCUCCUCAAGCCCGGAGGUUUCUCAAUCUCUCGAUGCAUUAGAGAAACUCAAGACGUUUCCUGUCACGUACAACACGCUCGUCGCGACUCAGGUAGGGAAGAAGCUGAGGUCUCUUGCAAAGCAUCCUGUUGAGGAAAUCAAAAGCGUAGCUACUGAUCUGCUUGAGACAUGGAAGAGAGUUGUCAUUGAGGAGACGACAUCCAAGGCUAAGAAGACCGAAAGCACAAACGGUUGCAAAGAGGUUAAGUUGGAGAGGAAGGAUGUGAACCCCGUGCCUGUGAAAGUCCAGAAGCUCCAGAGGGGUGAUUCAGCUAAGAGUAUCAAGGUUGAGAGAAAGGAACCAGACAGCAAAGUGAAGGUAGAGAGAAAGGAACCAGACAACAAAGUUAAGAUGGAUCAUCGUGGUCAGACUACUGUCAAGGAUGAAAAGGUCUCAAGAGAAACGCUAACAAGUGUGAAGCCUUCAGACAAGGCACCUAAUGGUGCUCCAAAGCUGACUUCAAUGGUCAAAUGCAACGAUCCCGUGCGUGACAAGAUCCGUGAGCUGCUUGUGGACGCCAUGUCCAAGGUUCAUGGAGAAUCCGAUGAGUACGACAGAGCGAGAGUAGUUGGAUGUGAUCCAAUCCGCGUUGCUGUCUCUGUGGAGUCUCAUAUGUUUGAGAAACUGGGCCGGUCAACGGGAGCGCAGAAGGUCAAGUACAGAUCUAUAAUGUUCAACCUGAGGGACAGUAACAACCCAGACCUGAGAAGGAGAGUUCUCACUGGGGAGGUGUCACCAGAGAAACUCAUCACACUGUCGGGUGAAGAGAUGGCGAGCGACAAGAGGAAACAAGAGACCAACCAGAUCAAAGAGAAGUUUCUGUUCGAUUGUGAACGUGGUCAGGCACCAAAAGCAAGUACUGACCAGUUCAAGUGCGGGCGGUGUGGUCAGCGCAAAUGUACUUACUAUCAGAUGCAGACAAGGAGUGCUGAUGAGCCCAUGACGACUUAUGUUACAUGUGUUAACUGUGACAACCACUGGAAGUUCUGUUGAGGUAAGAAGAUAUAUGUGCGUGUCAAGACAUAAGAGGCUCUGAUAGAUUUAUCAAGAGCUUUCAUGUCUAUUUGACGACAUUCUGAGAAUGUUCUGGGUCUCAUGUUUGUUUAAGGAUAUCAGUUCAGUGUCUUAGAGAUUAGUAAGUAGGAGAGUUUACUAAUUUAGCUGUUUGUUAGCUCUUAUCUCUUUUGCUUCAUUUAUUCCAAAUUGUCAAACUCGUCAACUUUGCAAAUUUUAUCUCAGUUUUGAAAUUUAUUAUAGGUUAGACU